AUUGAAAAAAUAAUGCUUUGCCGCAAGGUAAUGCGUUCAGUGCUUAAGACCAGCAAGUUGUGUCUAGAUGUGCGUAUUAUGAGCCAAUUUCGACGCAUGGACGACCUUAAGAUUUGUAGAGCGAGCACAGUGUCGGCGGCGCCAAGGAUAGAUAAUAAAUCCGGAACACCCAUACAACUGCACCAUAAUAAUAACAAUAUCAAUAAUCAUAACAAUAUUAACGGCAAUAGUGACUUUUUAAAUUUACAAACAACACAAACACCUCAAUCCGAUGAUAAUGAUGAUGAUGUCCUCUUUGAGGAUCUUGUCUUCUAUCCCAACGGACGCCAAAGAGCCAAUGAUGAGGAUCAAAAUAGCAUUGCCAGUGAGAAUGCAGCCUACAAUGCAUGCAUUGAGGAGCUAACAACGAUUCAGCCAAACGAACAAGCGAUAAAAAACUCUAUAACAAAUGGCAAGACCUUUUCUAUAAGGGAUACCAUCAAAUUUUUAGAACGUAGCGGUCUACCUUUGACCACCGUGGAGCAGCUAUCGAUAAUACAUGUUGCCGGCACCAAGGGCAAGGGCUCAACGUGCGCGUUGACUGAAUCGAUAUUGCGUCAAUAUGGUGCACGAACCGGUUUCUUCAGUUCCCCCCACUUGGUGUCCACCAACGAGCGCAUCCGGAUCAAUGGUGAUCCGCUGGCCAAGCACAAGUUCACUUAUCACUUUUGGCAAGUGUACAAUCGGCUGAAGGAGCGACGUGAACAUGAACUGGAUAUGCCAUCAUUCUUUAUGUUCCUAACCAUAUUGGGAUUCCAUGUCUUCAUUGCCGAGCGUGUGGAUGUUGUGGUCCUUGAGGUGGGACUCGGUGGCGAAUGCGAUUGUACGAAUAUUGUGCGUAAUGUGAAAACCGUUGGCAUCACCUCAUUGGCCCUGGAGCACACCGAUCUGCUGGGCAAGACACUGCAGCAGAUAGCGUGGCAGAAGGCGGGUGUUAUAAAGCCCGGCUCGCAUGUCUAUACGCAUGUCACACAGCCGGAAUGCCUCAAGGUCAUCCAUGAACGUGCCGCCGAAAAGCAGGCCAAAAUUAUUGAAGUCCUCAGCACGGAUGCGUAUUUCAAUUACAAUCUCUAUGCCGAUUAUCUGCACAGCUGCAACGAUUAUGUCCGACUCAAUGGCGCCUUGGCCAUACAAUUGGCCUACGAUUGGCUCCGGCAGACGACGGGACCCUUGCAUCAGGAUAAUGCCGUCAAUGAGCCACAUAUGACGGCCGAAGUACUGCGCGGUCUAACCAAGGCCCAUUGGCCCGGACGUUGUCAACUUGUCAAGUAUCAGAAUAUGCGCGUCCAUCUGGAUGGAGCACAUACUGUGGAGAGUAUGCGGGUCUGCGUUGAUUGGUUUCUCAAGAGCACUAAAUUGAGCGCUGCUAAUCCGAAGAUAUUGAUAUUCAAUCGCACUGGAGAAUCGGAUCCCACGGCCAUAGUGCGGGUCCUGCACGAGACCUGUAACUUUGACAUGAUCUGCUUUGUGCCCAAUGUGGCCAACUCACUGAAAGGUGAUCCCAAUCAGACGACCUACUAUUGCAGUGCCGAUGUGCAACGGAAACGGGCCAAAUAUAUUGCAUCAAUUUGGGAAAAUCUAUGCAUAAAAACGGAUCAAAAUAAUCUGGGUCAAAUGUAUGAUACACUGUGGGAUGCCUUCUGUGAGAUUCGAUUACGUUAUCCCCAAGAUAUUGAACUGGAUGUGCUCAUAACGGGUUCAAUACAUUUGCUUGGUGCAGCGAUUUCAGCGCUGAAUGACACUAAAUUGGUGGAUAUUGAGCCACCAUGUGAUCAGUGGGUCAGUGAAUCAAAGUGUGAAAACCUCUCAAAAUUUUAACGUAACAUAUAUAUAUAGCUUCCGUAUUUACAAAUUAGUUUUCUAGGUCAUUUUCUCUCUCCAUAUAUAUAUAUACAUAUAUAUACAUACUUAAAUCUAGACUACAGAACUUUCAACGUUUGUGUAAACAUGUGUCUGAUUCCCACUAAAAAUGCCACACAAUAUUCCUUAAACAAAUUCGUUGUGAACAAUGCGGUAAUACGAGCCUGGUACUCUCAGUUCCAAACAUACAUUACCUUUUUUUAAAUAUAUAUAUACUUUUUUUUCUUACUAUAUUUGUCAAAUACUAAGGAAUUUGUCGUCUGAAAAAAUAAUUGAACGGGAAAAUAAAUACAAAUGCUGAAAGUUUCGAUUUAAGAUGG